AAUAUUUUUUUAAUAUAAAAAUUUCAAAGUGUUUAAGGUUGAAAAAAUGGCAUACAUAAGUUAUUAAUGUAGAAAAUGGCACAAAGAAGUCGACACUCACACCGUAAUAGUGCGAGUACGCGUUAUUUCGAAAAGGGUGAAAAGGUACUCUGCUACGAGCCAGACCCAACAAAGGCGAAAGUGUUAUACGACUCAAAGAUUUUGGGUACCUACGAUUCAAAGGAUAAGCGUGGACGAAAAGUUAUUCAAUAUAAAGUACACUUUCAAGGUUGGAGUAGUUCAUGGGAUCGUAAAGUGAAUGCUGAUUUUGUUUUAAAGGAUACCGAGGAAAAUCGUCAACUUCAAAGAGAUUUGGCUGAAAAGGCACAGUUACAGAUUAAUGCUUUUCUGUAUCGUAAAGAGCGUACCAGUAGUAAGAAAAAACCAAACAAAACGGUAGUACCUGCGGAAGAUGCUGCAACAGCGGGGGGCAACAUAACAACUGAUUUGCGUUCAUCCCCAAAAUUUCGAACACGCGGCUCAUCUGAAGAUAAUUUUAGCUCAAGUAGCACUUUUGAAAGGCAAGAGGAUUCUCCAAUGAAGGACGAAUGUGAAACUGAGUCUUGCUGCAGUUCAGUAGAAAGUUUUCCAGAUGAAGAAAGAGUCUUACUGCGAAUAAGUGAAAGGCUUCGUCAAUAUUUGGAAUAUGAUCAUGAUAUGAUUGUAAAAUAUUGUAAGCAGCAUGCUUUGCCUGCACGAAUACCAGUCGUGGCGAUAUUGGAGAACUUCGUUAAACAAAGUGUUGUUAAAUUGGUAUUUUCAACCACACAAGUUGAGAGCACAAGGCGACGCACCACGCAACAACGAACAAACAAAAAAGAACAUGAAUUUGACAAGCUUGUGGCUACUGUGGGCUUAUUAAAAGAGGUAGCUGAUGGGUUACGCAUUUAUUUUGAUUUCACUAUCACCGAUUAUCUACUAUAUAAAGAGGAAAAAGAGUACGCGUUAUCCUAUUUAAGUGAGGAGAAUCUUAAAAAUUUCACAUACGUUGCAUUGCCGGGCUUAUCGGCCGAUUUUCUUAAUCCCACUAAAUCGGACACGGACUCGACGCAAUUGCCUAUCAGUGACAGUGGCACUGAAGUGCACGCUGCAGAUGUCAAUUCGACAACACCCGCCGCUACUGAUGAGCCACAAAAGCGAAAAUCUCGCAUACAUCGGAGUGACGACUGUGAAAUGAUUGUGGAAAACUGUUUGGAGAACUGUUUAUCGAGUAUUGCUAGCACCAGUUCAGGUGCCUCAACCCCUUUACACUCUGCUGCCGCUGGCAGUGGCGGCGCCUCUGGAGUUAAUUACUUGAAAUCACUGCAGCCAAUGGCACUCAAUCUGCCAACACAAACCAAGGAAUUCCUACAAGGAGUCUUAUCGUGGCAUUUGCUGCCAACCAAUGCCCCUACAGCGCCGUCAAUGAUAUUUGGGGCUCCACAUUUGGCACGAUUAAUUGUUAAACUGCCUGAGUUUUUGAAUGCUUCAUCGAUAAACGACGACAAAUUGAAAAAUUUACUACAACAUUUGGAUACAUUCGUGAAUUACUUGGAAGCAAGAAAAGAAUGGUUCAACGAAGACAAUUACGCGCGCUCAAAUGCGAUGCGUAAACGCGCCAGCUCCACCGACAGCACUAAACCCACUCCCAUGGAAGGCGUAAAGGACACACUUGAUACGAAUUCUCAAGCGGCAGCAGUCGCGACAAGUGCAUCAAGCACAGCAACGCCAACGACGCUGCCGGCAUCGACUGCAGCUGGUGCCGCUGCAGCUAUUGCAACAUAAUAACCCAGACACAUACAUACGUACAUAUGUGUUGUGUAUGUAAAUAGUAGAAUGUUAAAAUUAAAUUUCACACAAAAUAAUGUAAAUUUAGAAACAAGUUUUAUUUUACAAAACUGUGUAUCUUAACAAUUACAAGUAUUUCUGUUUUUCCUUUUAAUUAUAAUUUUAAAGCUUUUAAUUUUUAUUCACAUGAAGACAUGUGUGUUAUCGUUAUAUACUUUUCGCAUUGUUCAUUUCCACUUUCCAACACACCUGCAUACAUACAUGCAAGUAUGUUAUUUGUAUGUAUGCACACAACAACAAUAUCGCGCAGUUUGUGCUGUUUGCCAAAAGCGUUUGUGAAAUAAAUAUGACUUAAAAUUAUUAUAAACAUGAAA